GCGGGAAUUGUUGGGAGGCUGAGGGCUGCUCGGCCGCCAGUCCUGCGGUGUCGCGAGCAUGUGUGCGUGCGCGUGUUUAUCUGAGGGCCCGUGCCGCGGCCGGCCCUGCCGCCUGAUCCUCAGGCUAACGAAGGUUGCAAACCGGCGUCUAACCGAGGCGACACCUAGUCGGGAGGCGGCUCGCUCUUCCCCGCCAAGGUUUUGGCCAAAUUGGGCGAGGGCACAAAAUAACCACUUACCCCUUCUCACCGAGGAAGAACGGGAGAAAGGGUAUGGCACAGUCACAAGGCUGGGUGAGAAGAUAUGCCAAGGCCUUCUGUAAAGGCUUUUUUGUGGCGGUGCCCGUGGCAGUGACUUUCCUGGACCGGGUGGCCUGUGUGGCAAGAGUGGAGGGAGCAUCAAUGCAGCCUUCUUUGAAUCCUGGGGGGAGCCAAUCAUCUGAUGUGGUGCUUUUGAACCACUGGAAAGUGAGGAAUUUUGAAGUACAACGUGGUGACAUUGUGUCAUUGGUGUCCCCUAAAAACCCAGAACAGAAGAUCAUUAAAAGAGUGAUUGCUCUUGAAGGAGAUAUUGUAAAAACCAUGGGCCACAAAAACCGGUAUGUCAAAGUUCCCCGGGGUCACAUCUGGGUUGAAGGUGAUCAUCAUGGACACAGUUUUGACAGUAAUUCCUUUGGGCCGGUUUCCCUAGGACUUCUACAUGCCCAUGCUACACAUAUCCUGUGGCCUCCAGAGCGCUGGCAGAAAUUGGAAUCUGUACUUCCUCCAGAGCGCUUGCCAGUUCAGAGAGAAGAGGAUUGAUGGCAUGGAGCUCCCUCAGCUGCUGGCAUUGGGAAGCCAACACCACCCUUUGCAAAGGGAUGGAGAGGAGGAGCCUUCAGAAGGGCAAAGCUUGUUUCAAAUGAAAUGAUCCGCAUUAUUCAAGAAAGAGUUUUAAAAUAUUAAAUAGUAUUAGAUAGCAACUGAUUUUGUGUUUAAUGGUAAUACCCUAUUGUUUAAUGCCAAAAAAUUGCAGAUCUUUGGGAAUAUGAAAACUUUAUUCCCAUGUCUUACAGGGAAUUUGUUAUGUAUACUUAUUCCAUUGAUUGUUGAGUUUUAAUUUUGGUGCUUGCUGCUGAAAGAAUAUGGAAAUUAAUAUUUGAUGAAAGUCAGUCAGUAAUGUCAUUUACUCUUAAGAUAGAACAUGAAGAAACAUAGUGAUGGGAAUUAUAUUGUGACUGACAGUGUGUACAAUGCAGUGACUGCCAGUUAAGAACAGUAAACUGUGAUGUAAAAAUAAAACUCUGACUUGCUCAG